AUGGAGGCGAUUAUGUUUAACUUUGGUGUAACUUGUGGCUUUCACCCUUUUUUUCGCUUGCACAAGCUCAAAAUAGUAAAUUGUGAAACUAACAUUCAAGACAGUACGACAUCCAUCAAAUUGGCGGUGUACUGUGACAUCGUCUUCAUCGCCUCGUGUCCUCAUCGUGUCCCUCUUCAAGAUUACGCGCCCUUCGCCACAAGACUUCUCAAGUUCACCGUCAUGCUCCUCUCUCCAGCGUCCACAAGCGCAAGUCUUCCUGCCCAGUCCUUUUGGGACACGUUCAGACCAAAGAACAAGGACGAUAUGCGCAACAAGCAAGCUCAGAGGGCUCUCGCACGGCAGCGUUUACUCACCCUUGCCUAUGGUGACAUGGAGACUGUCCGUAUGCUCCCUAAUAGUUAUGCAGAACUCGAUGCCAUCGCCCGAGAUUGGAUAAAGCCACCGCCAGAGGCAGUUUUCAGUUUACGCGUUCCAGUCGAGUAUGCUUCCCUUCAUGCUACACGAUGGGUAUCUGGUCCCAACAUUUACCUUACAGGCGAGGACUCGUAUCAAAUCGCAGUCAUGGGUGUACAAGGGCUUCGCGUCGAGAUCGUCAGUGGCCCUCCUCCACCUCCAGACUCGGAUGAGCCACCGUGA